AUGGACAAAGUAGAUGUUUUAAUGCUCGGAACCGGUGAAUACACCACUGGUUAUGUUGGUGGCAAAGCUGCAGAUAGUGACAAGGGAGCUGGCGUUGUCGCUUUGACAAUGUUCGACUUGCGCCGUCGUAACAAAGUCAACCGUGUUGGUAUGUGUGGAGUGAAUGGCAAGAAGUUUCCAGGUAUCCGGCAACAUAUGCAACGGUGCAUUGGUGAUGUUUACGGCGGAAUGGAUCUUACCUGCGAGACCUUUCCUGGUGAUGGUGAAGUCAACCCCAAGGCAUAUGUCGACGCAUCCGCUACCUUCAAGGCUGGUGACGUUGGUGUGAUCUUCACACCUGAUGAUACACACUUUGACAUUGCCUUGGAUUGUAUCAAUAAGGGAAUGCAUGUGAUGGUUACCAAGCCGAUUGUUCAAAAACUAGAGGAUCAUCAAAAGCUAGCCAAGGCAGCUGCAGAGAAGGGUGUUUUGGUUGCUGUUGAAGUGCACAAGAGAUUGGAUCCCUUUUAUGCUGAUGCCAGAGAUCGUAUUCGUGGUGGGUUGGGAAACUUCCAAUACAUGUAUGCCUACAUGAGUCAGCCGAAGCAUCAACUUGAGACAUUCAAAGCAUGGGCUGGCAAGUCUUCCGAUAUCUCGUAUUAUUUGAAUUCGCAUCACAUUGACUGGAGCGAAUGGACCUUGGCGGGAGUUGCUCGGCCUAUCCGUGUGACUGCCACUGGAUCCACUGGCGUUGCCAAAGGCAAGGGAAUGGAUACCGAGGACUCGAUCACUUUGACUGUCCAAUGGCAAAAUAUGAAUGAUAAGACCCUAGGUUGUGCUGUCUACACUUCUUCGUGGGCUGCGCCGAAGAGUGAUGUGCACUCUCAACAACGCUUCUUCUACAUGGGAACCCAAGGAGAAAUUAAUGUUGACCAGGCCCACAGAGGAUGUACCGUGUCAACGGAUCAAGCUGGGUUUGCAUCUGUGAAUCCACUAUUCAUGAAAUACACACCAACAAACGGAAUGUUCUCUGGACAAGGAAGUUAUGGUGUCCGAUCAUUCGAAAACUUUAUCGAUGCUUGUCGUGAAGUCAAUAGUGGUUCAAAGAAGCCAUCCGAUUUCGAUGAUGGAUCCUUGGCAACCGUUCACACGACACAACAGGGUACUGCAAUCCUUGAAGCGGGACGAAUGAGUUUGGAUGCAGAUGGACAGCCAAUGGAUAUCGAGUACGACGGAGAUGGUCAUACUCCAACCGCUAUCAAGCCUCAUAAGUUCGAAUAA